GCUGAUAUUGAUAGUAUAAUACCCAUACAGCAAUAGAGCUUUCCCAAAAAAAAAAUGUUUUUCUAAUACAAUACAUACAAUGAUAUGAUAUCAUGUUGACGUGAUAUACAUGGUGUAAUGGUGAUAUAAUAUCAUAUGAUAUGAUUGACGUUUUGCAAGGAAAUUUUUUUAAGCUCUAAAAUUUCAAUAUUAUAUCCAAUGCUAAAUAAGUUAAGUGGAAAGGUUAGCAAUGUUGAGUCAUUUACAUGUGCAUCACAUGAUAUGAUUUUAUAGUCGAGAAAUCUAAAACAAUGCAAUGAUGAUAUGUUGCGUUUGAUACUAAUAAUGCAAUCUUUUCGUAAUAUAAUAUGCAGUAUAGAGUAUUUAGAGGAAUUUUCUGAUGCAAUUGUACAUAAAAUGAUAUGAUGAUUAUAUACUUUGUUUGAUUUAAAUGAUGCAGUCAUAUUAUACUGUGACACAAAAUUUAAAGAACUUAGACGAAUUUUUAGCAAACAAAAAGGAAAAUAACUUUUUUUUUCUAUCGCAAAAUGAUGUGAUGUAAGGUCGAUGUGAUAUUUAUGAAGUCAUAGUGAUACAAUGUCAUAUGAUAUGAUUGGCUAUGAUGUGAUUUAAGGUCGAUGUUAUAUUUAUGAAGUUAUAGUGAUACAAUGUCAAAUGGUUUGAUUGGCUAUGACAUGAUGUAAGGUCGAUGUGAUAUUUAUGAAUUGAUAGUGGUACAAUGUUCUAUAUUAUGAUUGGCUAUGAUGUGAUGUACGGCUGAUGUGAUAAUUAUGAAAUGAUAGUGAUACAAUGUCAUAUGAUAAGAUUGGCUAUGACGUGAUUCUAUGAAGGAUUUUUUGAAACUCUGAAUUUCCACUAUCUUUUCUAAUGCUAAAAUAAGAUAAUUGGAAAAUGUAGCAAUGUCAAGUCAUUUACAUCUAUGUCACGUGAUGUGAUUAUAUUGUAGAAAAAUCAACACAAAAAGUGAUGAUGUCAUGAUGUGUUUGGCAUUAAUGAUGUGAUCUUAUAAUAAUAUCAUCCUCUAAAGACCGAGGAGUUUUCUAAAAAUUUUCUAAUGACAUAGUUACAUAAAAUGAUAUGAUGUAAUAUUGAUAUGAUAUUUACGAAAUGAUAGUGAUACAAUGUCAAAUGAUAUGAUCAUACGGUUUGCAAGGGUUUUUUUUUAACUCGGUAAUUUUACUAAUACAUAUUUCUAUUGCUGAAAUAACUUAAUUGGAAAAAGUAGUAAAGUAGCAAGUCAUAUGUAUAACGUGACGUGAUUUUUUAAUCGAAUGAAAAAAGAAAUACGACCAUGGUGUCAAUACAUUGGUAUUGAUGUGAUGCCAAGUACUCUAAAAUAAUAAUUGUAUCAGUUAAUGAAAGUGCUCACUAACAAUUUAUAUGUGCUUUUAUGUGUAUAGAAUAUUCCUUUUUUUUAUGUAUACCUAUCACAUCACGUCACAUCAUUCACACAAAACAUCACAGAACAUUAAGUGGUAAGAGUUAUUAUAUUUUUUAUGCUGGGAUAUUUCCUAGAUAAAAGAAAAAUUGCAUAUUUACAAAAAAAACUCUUCUCAGCGUCUCAAUGUCAUUGCGCUGCCCUUUGGCGUGGGGUCAUCUAUUGAGUCAACCUCUUUCAUUCAUAUAAAUUAUCUUUAAGUAUUUGAGUAGAAGCAGCGAUGAAUGUGAGCUCAAGUUGUUGAAUGAAUUGACUUGUAUUUUGUUUGUUCCGUUCUCAUUGUUUAUUAUUUACACUUUCAGUUUGUUUUUCCAGGUAAGAAUGUGAAAACACACUUUGUAUGUGUAUAUGUAUAAGCGUCAAUGCAUACUCAUAUUUAUGUAAUGUUAUGGACAACAAACAAAAGAAGUACAUCACUUUUGGUAAACUCUUAGAAACGAGUACACAGGAGUAUACAUUGUAUGACUUGGCGUCAUUGGAACCCUCUCUUGGUGUGAAUUCGAUAUUUACGUACAUAUUAUCUUGCUUAAAAUGCACACUUGUAGGCGCGCUUUACUGUAGCAGCCACAAGCGGCGCAGCCGUUCCGUUGUUUUGUUAUGCGCCUACCUGUUGCCGCUUUAUGGCCAAUGGUUGAUUGUUUGUUCUUUGAGCCGUGGCAAUCAACCGCUCACUCGCACACGCGUACAAACAAUUGUCUGUUGCGGCAAAUAAAGUCAAAAGUAUUUGGACUAAGCCGUCUCACCAUAUAGUUGUGCGUACACUGGCAUACAUAUAUGUAUGUGGCAGGAUGUAUUGGCAUUGAUGUCGGUUGGCAGUAAGAAGACGAUAAAAAUUAAAAAACAAAACAAAAUGCAAAAAACUGUAAAAGAAAUCAAAUACAAACAUCAUUCAAAACUCUAGACGAUUUACCACGAAUGUGUAGUUGCCCUACUCUGGGCGAAAUUAAAGAAAAUUAUCCAGAGAAUAUAGGGAAAAGGAGAUGUCUAGCUUCUUGUAAUCUCAAGCGAGUAGAAAGUUUUCAGAUCCUCCUUUCUUUGGCUACAUUUAUUUUUGUCUCUUCCAUCCUUAAUAUGGUCGGCCAUCUUUCCAUAUGGACGCUCUAUGUUGUUAGAAUCUUAAGACAUGUCUUUCAUUAAACUAAUAUUUAAUUUCUAAUCGGAAACUAAAGUCUUGGAUUUCUUUCUAAUAUCGGCCCAGUGAGUCGGAAAAUAAAGCAGCAACCAAGUUCCGUUUAUGAGAAUGUGAAUGGUUAUAUAUUGUACAAGUCAAAUGGAAAGGUUGGGUUAGGUUGAACUGAUCUACUUCUUGGGGAGUCUCACAUCGACGAUAUUGGAUCGCUUGUGUUACCAGAAGCACUGCAACCGAACAAGAUUAUAUAUUGCUGCACUUCCUUUAGAUCUCUGGGGUUUCAACAACAUUUUUGUUCUCUUAACAAAUUCAAGCAGGCUUCUCGGUACUUUAACCACUCCAAACUAAAGAUCCGACAAUUUAUCUUUUGUCUACCGAUUGCCAGGCACUUACAGAUUACGAGCUGUACGGUCUCUACCCCUUCCAUACAUUUCCAAUAGCCAAUGCCCUGCUAAGAAGUCCGUUAUUGUUGUUAUUAUAGAGGUUUGAUAGACUCUGUUUAGGGGCAAAUGACUCAAGUCAUUUAUCGGGAGGCUCAGGAAACAUAUUUUCUCGAUUACGCGUUUCUCACAAGGUAGUGAUACUUGGGGCUUGGAUUCCAAUGGUGUCAAUCAUGUUGAGUUGAUGAUAGUUUUAAUUGACGCUCUGGGAAUGAUGUUAACAUCCAGUCUAUGGCACGUUACUGCUGUCGGUUCAAUGUAGCAUUGCUUGGUUGAAGGUUCUGCUUCAAGAAAGCAGGAAUGUACGCCUAGGAAGUGGGAGCUCUCUGGGCUGUAGGGAAGUGUACUUCCUGAGAACACUGAAUGUACUUGCUAGAGUAGCCCUAGAGUAAGGGUUUUUAGUGGGCGUGCAAAAAAGCGGACCAAGUGUUGACAUACUUUCGGCGAAUAACGUUUUGGACCUGUCGAUGGCUCGUUUUGUCUAACCAUUCUGUGAUAAGUCGCUAAAUGAAGACCGUUAAGUCUUGAUCCUAAGGUAAGGAUUAUCCCACGGUAGCAUCCCACCAGAUACUCUUAUGCUUCUUAGGGUGAUAUCAGACAUGCUUUUAGUUUUUUUAUCUGCAUCUCACUAGUACCCGAUAUCAAUUUCGGUGCGUCGUUAUUUGUCACCGAGUCCUGUAAGCCUUACAAGUUACGAGCAACGUUUCUUUGUUUUCAUGUGACUUUGGAUUUGUUUCCUUUGACUCAACGUAUGUUCAUAGCAAUCUAACACGAAAGCCUCGAAGGAGUUCAAGCUAGAUCCGUCCAUCAGAGCCCAAACUAAAUGAAUAUUGCCUGCUCGUCCAACAAACCAUCGGUAAGCUACACUCCAUUCAGCGAUAUGUUCAUUAGAGGAUUAAAAGAAGUUUUGAAUUUCAUAUUAAAAAUCAAAAUUCGCACGAACCAUAGUAAAGAUCUACAUAAGAAAGGAAACGAAAGAACGAUCUUAGAAACAUAAGUAAAACGAAAGGAUGGACAGUUUCCUAAUAACAGAAGCUAAGGACUAAACAAACAGGAAUUGAGCUCAAAGGUCACUUGUUAUGGAUAGAGUAUGAAAUGCCAAAGGAAAGUACUAUACUUUUUCUUGAGUUUUAAACGGAGUUCGACACACAGACCCACAGUCCACUAAGGCAAAGACGAGUCACCGCUAUGGUGUCUGUACGCAGUGGCUCAAACACUUCGGUGUAGCGCGCAAUAACUCAAAUAUCAAUAAAGAAUGAAUCGUUUUUGUUGUUGUUGGUUGUCUGCAGCGGAAUAAAGUGAUCUUUUUUUUUGGCCACUCAAUGCAGUCAACAUGAAGUGGUUAGUUGGUUCACUUUGACGUUUGGGUGCAUACAAGAAUUUUGUUGGCUAAUUAGACUUGGUUAGCGCCUACAAACCCGGCAGACAGACUCAGUGUGUGUGUAUGUGAGCAUACGUAAUAUGUGAGUUAUGUGUAUUUUCACUCUGCUGGUCUGUUAUGUACAUAUGCACGAGUAUGUAUGAAUGUGCGUGUUAUGUAGAAAGCGGCAUUUGAAGAGGAUGCUGCACCAGCAGCAGCUACAUGCGUACGUUGUCAAGCCGUUGAAGGCGCUCAAUCAGUCAGAAUUUAGAAACGUAUCGAGGCAGACGUCAUAAGUUAGAGAACUUAACUAUUUUCCUAACGGUUUUCCUUUAUAAAUACAAUAUUAUUGUUUAUUUUCCAAUUGUUUUUGUUUUUGGUGCCCUUAAGCGACUCUGUAGUGUUGGAAUAUUUUAAAAUGUUGUUGCUCUUCUUAAGUUGUGCACAACUCCUGCUCCAUUGGGUUGGUGCAGCGAAUGCAGAUGGUAACGUUGAGCCUCCGCUGCGUAGAAAAGAAUUUGUUACACUGCAUAAAUGGACCGAAUUGAAAUUAACUCUGCCGGAUGGCUAUCAACAGCCAGCGCCGUUGGACGCAUUACGCUACGCGCAGGAUAAACUGCUGCCAGUGGAUGUCGAUGUGGAGUACGGAGAUGAUGGUUACCAUCGCACUUUCUUGACCAUACCACGUUUGAGUCAUGGUGUGCCCUACUCGCUCGCAGUUGUGGCUGACAGCGAUAAUUCGACUAUUCUGAAUCCAAAUCUGGUGCCUUAUCCCAGCUAUGAUUGGCACUCAAGUUUCGGACAGAACUGCAGUAGUUUAACAUCAGCCAUAAGAACUUUCAUUGAUGACUGCUGGCGUUUGUGGGUUGUGGAUUUGGGUCAAAUUAAUGCCAUUCAAUACUGCGCUCCACAAAUACUCGCCUUUGAUUUGGUCACAGAUCAGCUGAUACACCGUUAUAUUAUUCCUGCAUCGCAAUAUACGCCGGGUGUAUCGAUUUUUACAGCACUGGCAGUAGAUGUGGACCCCUCCGUGCCGGGCGCUGAGUGUUCCAACGCUAUGAUCUAUAUUGCUGAUCCUUGGGGUUAUGGUUUGAUUGUUUAUAAUAUGCAGCAGGGGCAAUCGUGGCGCAUACAAAAUGCACACAUGCAGCCGGAUGAGCUGUUGACACCGGAAAAAACCGGCAACAGUGGAAUUUUCACCGUGAGCAUAAGUCCAAGGAGGCAUGACGCGGAGGCAGCCAACCGUCGUUUAUAUUUCCAUGCUUUGAACAGCUUUCUGGAGGUCAGUGUACCAUUAUUUCUGGUCAACAAUGCUACACUCUGGACACUUCCCAAGGAUGUGGAAACCCAAAAGGAGUUGCUUAACGAGUUUCGUGUAGUCGGCAGUCGGGGCAUACAAUGCGAGUCUGAGGCCAUGGAUAGUGAUGGAAAUUUAUAUUGUAGCUUGAUUAGUUCGAGCGCACUGAUUGCUUGGAGGGAGGACAGCGAAUAUGAUUCGGAUCAUUUGAAGGUAGUCGCCUACAAUCCGGAUAAAUUACGGUUUGUCACCGGCUUAAAGGUGAAUCGAAACAACUUGGAUGAGGAUGAAUUGUGGGCUUUGAGUAGUAAUCCAGAAGUGAGUAAUAUUUGGAAAUAUUUUUGUUCAAAAAAAAAAAAAUAUAUAUAUAUAUAUAUAUUCCAUCUAAUAUUAUCAAAUGUUUUAGCUAUUUGUUGGUGGAAAUGUGCUUUUGGACGAUAUAAAGUUCCAAAUCAUUGGUUGUGGAGUCAAAAAUUUGCUGGAAAACGAGCCUUGUGCGGUAGUAAUAAAUCAUUUGCGGAAAGCGUGAGGAGGAAAAAAAUAUUUUCAACAAUAUUUUAAGAAAUAAAACCAUUAA